AUGAACCUGGGAGGGGGUUCCAUCACCAGUGCCGAGCUAGCCGGUAUUGUGCAUGGGUUACAGCUUACUUGGGAAGCAGGAAUUCGGAAGGUUAUUCUGCAGACAGACUCGACCACGGCUUUGUCACUCAUCGAUUCAGCAACGCCUCAUCAUUCACACUAUUCCCAGGUGGCCGCAAUCAGACGAUGGCUCCAGCGAGAUUGGCAGGUCCGGCCUCAGCAUGUCUAUAGAGAGGCGAACGUGGUUGUCGAUUUCCUAGCAAACCGAGGUCACUCCUUGUCGGUUGGCAUCCAUCGGGUCACAGCCCUCGAUAGUUCUCUUGCUUAUUGGUUGUACCAUGACUCUAUUGGGGUUCAGACACCCCGUCUCAUUAUCGUAUAA